UGUUGCGGUGUCUGGCAGUGAGACUGAGGAUGACGACAGCAUGGACAUUCCCCUGGACCUUUCCUCUGCUGGCUCAGGCAAGAGAAGGCGAAGGGGAAAUCUGCCCAAGGAAUCAGUACAGAUUCUCCGAGAUUGGCUGUAUGAACACAGAUACAAUGCCUAUCCCUCAGAACAAGAGAAAGCAUUAUUGUCCCAACAGACACACCUAUCUACACUACAGGUCUGUAAUUGGUUCAUCAACGCCCGCCGCAGGCUCCUCCCUGACAUGCUGAGAAAGGAUGGCAAAGAUCCAAAUCAGUUCACAAUUUCCCGACGUGGGGCCAAGAUUUCUGAAACAGGCUCUGUGGAGUCAGCAAUGGGCAUCAAAAACUUUAUGCCAACUCUAGAGGAGAGUCCAUUUCAUUCCUGUACAGCUGGACUAAACCCAGCUCUAGGGGGCCCACUGUCCCCGAAACCAUCAUCUCCAGGAUCCAUUUUGGCACGUCCGUCAGUGAUCUGCCAUACCACUGUGACUGCAUUGAAAGAUGUGCCUUUUUCGCUCUGCCAGCCAGUUGGUAUGGGACAAAACACAGAUAUUCAGCAGGUAGCAGCCAGCAACUUUACAGACACCUCCCUCAUGUACCCGGACGACACAUGUAAAUCUGGACCAAGUACAAAUACACAGAGUGGCCUUUUCAACACUCCCCCUCCAACUCCUCCGGACCUCAACCAGGAUUUUAGUGGAUUUCAGCUUCUAGUGGAUGUUGCACUCAAACGGGCUGCAGAGAUGGAGCUUCAGGCAAAACUUACAGCUUAACCUUUUUUCAAGCAAAAAAGUUAUCAAACAUGAUUGCCGGGUUGAUGGCAAGAGAGAUGAAUCGCAUUAUUUUAUAUAUUUUUUAUUAAUAUUUGCACAUGGGAUUGCUAAAGUGAAGCUUCCUGUUACUGAAAUGUCUUCAAUGGAAUACAGUCAUUCCACGAACUAUAACUCAAAAGCUACUGUAGAAACAAAGGGUUUUCUUUUUUAAAUGUUUCUUGGUAGAUUAUUCAUAAUGUGAGAUGGUUCCCAAGAUCAUGUGAUUUCUCCCCUCCCCUAUUUUUGUUGGUGUUUUCAGACUGUGCAAUACUUAGAGAACCUAUAGCAUCUAUCCAUUCCCCUGUGGAACCGGAUGCCCACUGUCUAAAAAUUUCCCCCCCUUUUUUCAAGCAAGUAUGAAUCUUGUUGAUUUUGAUGUCUUUUUUUCACGACAUAAUAAAGUAUUUUCUUUAAAAAUU